CCAAGCCAGUCACUUUAUACAACUCUUCUUCCCCUUCAAUUCUUCUGCUCUUCAGGCAGAACAAAAACACGCACAACACACACUAACUCAUAAGCAAUUCGCUAUCCCUUUAAUCUCUCUAUAUGUCGAUCUUCGAGUACAAUGGAAGUGCCCUAGUGGCAAUGGUGGGGAAGAAUUGCUUCGCAAUUGCCAGCGAUCGGCGGCUGGGAGUGCAGCUGCAGACAAUCGCCACUGAUUUCCAGAGGAUUUACAGAAUGCACGAUAAACUGUUCAUCGGACUCUCUGGUCUCGCUACCGAUGCACAAACCCUGUAUCAAAGGCUUGUUUUUCGGCAUAAAUUGUAUCAGCUGAGAGAAGAGAGGGACAUGAAGCCUGAAACUUUUGCCAGCCUUGUUUCUGCGAUUCUUUAUGAGAAAAGAUUUGGUCCAUAUUUCUGCCAACCUGUGAUUGCCGGAUUAGGAGAAGAAGACAAACCUUUCAUCUGCACAAUGGAUUCGAUUGGAGCCAAGGAGCUUGCUAAAGAUUUUGUUGUUGCUGGAACUGCUUCUGAAUCCUUAUAUGGUGCCUGCGAAGCAAUGUUCAAACCGGACAUGGAAGCUGAAGAGUUGUUUGAGACUAUCUCUCAGGCACUCCUAUCCUCAGUAGACCGUGACUGUUUAAGUGGCUGGGGAGGACAUGUUUAUGUCGUUACACCUACAGAAGUCAAAGAAAGGAUCUUGAAGGGAAGGAUGGAUUGACGUGGUUGGAUAUUUGUUUUUUUUAUUUUUCAGUAAUUUGGGCCUUUGACACUUGUCAUUGGUCAUCUUUGAUUAUUAAAGUUGUGAGAACAUGUUUUGGGGAGGGAUUUGCCACAUUCCUUUACUCAUUGACUGUAAUCUAUACCUCAAAUUUACGAACUAAAUUUUAGUAGUUGGACCAGCAGAUAAGACAUCUCUUUGUAACGACUUUAACUGCAAUUCUAGCCCCAUUUCCAGUGGACGUGGUUUAUGAAUUC